GUUUUGUUUUGUUUUUUUUUCAUUUUACAGGAAGAUAUUGUGGUGAGAAGACAGCAGUUUGACUCAUAGAUGCGCUGUUAACUUUCAUUUUGUUUUUCCAAAGUAGAGUAACCGUAGUGUGAAGCUGCUAUAAAAAGAAAAUAAAUAGACAAAUAAUAAAUUUAAAACUUUGAAGACAGGUUUUGGAUGGGAUGACACAAAGCUCCCCUGUAGUUACCCAGACUGCUGGCAGCAAUCAAGGAACUGACGAAAAGAAACAAGGUGUUGAGGACAAGUAUAAGAUGACUCAUUUAAAGUGCGUUUUAGUGACAAUAUUAUUCAGCACCAUCCUUUUUCUUCCUCUAAUUAGUUUAAUGGCUACACAAUGUCCGCGUACUCAUCAUUUCUGCCCAGAUGAUUGGAUUGGCUUCCAAAAAAAAUGCUAUUAUUUCUCUAAAGAAGAAGGGGAUUGGAAUUCGAGUAGACAUGACUGUAUCACUCGAGGUGCAGACCUAACUAUCAUUGACACGACAAAAGAAAUGGAUUUUCUUAAGCGAUACAAAUGCACUGCUGAUCACUGGAUUGGGCUGGAGAUAACAGAAAAUCAAACACUACAAUGGGUACAUGGAACCAUGUCUAAAAUAUGGUUUCCGGUGAGAGGAAAGGAAAAGUGUGCUUACCUCGAUAACGAUGGUGCGGCAACAGCUAGAUGCUACACGGACAGAAAAUGGAUUUGCAGGAUGCAAAUGCACUAAAUUCAGGUUUCUAUAGUGGAAUUACAAUACAGUGGAAGUCCUAACCUUCAGCAUCUCAGAAUGUGACCUCAUUUAUAAAUAGAGUCAUGAAAAAUGUAAUACAAAAUGAAAUCAUUAGGAUGGGCCCAGAUCUCUCUAAGACUGGUGUCCUUAUAAGAAGUGAAAAUUUGGAUUUAGUGAUGAACACUCACAAAAGGAAGAUUAUGUGAAGACACGUGGAGAAAAAGUGGCCAUGUGACUGAAGUGAUAUAUCUAUAACACAGGGAAUGCCAAGGAUUACCAGCUACCAAGAGAAGCCAGAAGUGGCAAGAGAGGAUUCUCCUCUAGAGCAGUCUGGGAGAGCAUGGACCCUGUAGACACCUUGAUCUUGGACUUUUAGUCUCUCCAUCUGUGAGACAAUAAAAUUCUCUUGUUUUAAGCCCCGCAA